AUGACUGUCACACAGCAUGGCGCAUCCCAGGAUGCCACUCCCGUGGACUAUGUUGCUAUAGUUUCUUCAUGGACACCUGAAGAACGAGCAGCCAAGGAGAAGAAGUUCCUUAGGAAGGUUGACUUUCGACUGCUCCCUAUUCUCAUUAUCAUGUACAUCAUGAACUACAUUGACCGUGGCGCCGUCCCUCAGGCUCGCAUCCAAGGAUUAGAAGGGGAUCUAGGCUUGCAGGGUGUCGAAUACAACGUGGUGUUGAGUAUCACCUUCGUCGGGUACAUCUUGAUGCAGGUUCCCAGCAAUAUGAUUCUCACUCUGGUACGCCCAAGUUGGUAUCUAGCAGCCUGCAUGAUUGCAUGGGGUGUCGUGAGUGGCGCUUCGGGAGCUGUUCACAACUUUGGGGGUCUCGCAGCCUGCCGAUUCUUCCUCGGCGUCACAGAAGCUCCAUUCUUUGCUGGAUGCGCGUUCUUGUUCUCCGGAUGGUACACACGAAAGGAACUAGGGCUCCGACUGGGUAUUUUCUUCUGCGCCGCCAUGCUGUCGGGGGCCUUCGGUGGUCUAUUCGCUGCAGGAAUCGCCGCUGCCUUUAAGAACAACAAAAUUGCAAGCUGGAGGUGGCUCUUCAUCAUCGAAGGUGCCGCAACGGUCGUCUUCGCGAUGGUCACAGCAUUCGUUCUCCCCGACUGGCCAGCAACCACAAAGUGGCUGUCCGAGGAGGAGAAGGCGCUCGGCGUAGUCCGUCUCAUUGAAGAUGCUGGCGAGGAAGAGGAAGAGAUCAAGGUGACUGAUGCUCUGAAGAUGGCCACCAGGGACUACCGUGUCUGGCUUUGCAUCAUUGGUCAGAUUUGUGUUCAAGCCGUUGCGUCUCUAACCAAUUUCCUGCCCACGCUGGUCAAGAACUUCGGAUUCAGCACCAUCAACACUCUUCUCCUCACAGCGCCUCCAUACCUUGUCACGGCAGCUUUCUGUCUCUUCAACACGUGGUACUCUGACCGGACCAGCAAACGGUCUCCCUCUAUGAUUUUCCCCAGCAUCGUGGCUCUCAUCGGCAUCAUCAUCACCAUGUCUACCACCAACACUGCGGCUCGCUACUUUGCAUUGUUCUUGAUGCUUCCAGGGACCUACGGAUGCUUUCAGAUCUCUAACGCAUGGAUGGCCAACAUCGCUGCCCGGCCGCAGAAAAAGCGUGCUAUCUCCCUCGCCUUGAACAACUCCAUUGGCAAUGUGGCUCUCGUCUGGACCCCCUAUCUUUACCCGGCUUCAGACGGACCUCGGUACAUGACGGCGUGGUCUGUGAAUUUGGCACUCACUGUAGUAACCAUCGGAAGCUCACUUUUCCUUAGUAUCAGUUUGCGUAAGGACAACAGAAAGCUAGAUGAGAUUGCGGGUGCUGGCUACAAUCUGGAGGAUGGAGUAGGCCUCAAGGCCCAGGGAAUCGAGAUCCACCAUGAGCAUCCUACUGCCGGUAGGCCACUUGGAGGUGUUAAUGCUGGUGCCAAGGCGCGGUAUGACAACAUGGAAGCCACACAGAGCCCGCCUACGGCCGAUGCCCGGCAGCACAAUCUUGAUGCUGCAGAUGGUGAUGUUGAGGCUGACGACGUUGCCAGACAUGAUGCUGGAGAUGUCAUCUCCAGAAGCUCUUCUCGCAGCAAACAUAGCCCCAAGGAUAUUAAUGUCCCGAAGAGCCGCUUGCAAGCCGGUGGAGUCAGGAGGACGGGCCCUGGGAGGAAGCCACGAGCCUGCGCGGAAUGCAAGAAACAGAAGAUGAAAUGCGAGGUGUUGCCUGGCGAUCAUCAAUGCCGCAACUGCCUCCGUCGCAAGAUUAUCUGCGUGAUCCAGCGUGGAGUUUCCUUUGAGGGUUCACGAGAUGACCCAGAACAAUUACCACAUGUUCAAGAGGCCUACGAGAAAAAGCUGGAUGUAAUGCAACACGAGAUACAGGAGAUGAGGCAGAGUAUUGAGCUGUUGGUAAGGCAAGGUUACACGCCACAUGGCACGACCCCAGGGUUGAACACUCGCCAUGGUGUAAGAAUUGAGACUCCACAGAACACGACGAGUCCCGCGACCACAACUCUCUCAUCUCGAGAAGACAAUACACGCAUGGCUAUGACGAGAGAAAACUCUUUAGAUCCCGUGCACAAUGGUGACUCAACCCAUGGUCCUGUCACCGUCGAAGAACCCAUGGGAAGCCUGUACGAAGUGACGAGAUUACGAAACAUCCGCAGCAAUAAAGCAAAGGUGAUCCGGCCACCUCGAGAGAUGGUUGAUGGGCUAGAUGACUUCAUCUCACGGGGAGUCAUAUCCGAAAUGGAAGCAGAAGAACUCUACAAGAUAUUCCACUCAUCGCUCAAUCACUAUCUCUGGGUUGGACUGGAGCAGACACACCCAAGUUUUGAGUCUGUUAGAAAGUCUUCAGAAUUACUCACGGCUACAAUUCUGACCGUCACUGCACUUCACAUACCAACAAGCGCGGAGACGUUCGACAAAUGUUACAAAGAAUUUCUGACGCUCAUCUCUUCAUCCAUGUUCUCACGGUAUCAUUCCAUCGACGAUGUCCGAGCGCUGUGCAUCGCUGCAUUCUGGUUGUCUGAAGUGUCUUGGAAGCUCUCCGGCCAUGCCAUCCGGAUUGCAGCAGAGCUAAACAUUCACCAAUCGUUCGCCCGCGCCCUGGAAGGUGACCGAGAACAUUUCCUGCGUGCGCGAUUGUGGUACAUGCUUUACGUAUGCGACCACCACUUCAGCAUUGCUUAUGGUCGACCCCCUAUGAUCGCAGAGUCGCAACAAAUUCGAGAGCACGAGACAUUUCUAGCGUCUCCCUUCGCCGAUGCUCUCGAUCAAAGGAUAUGUUCUCAAGUGAACUUGAUGCAGAUCCUCACCCGUAUCUACGACCGCUUCUCGGAGCGAAAGCUUUCUUCCCAUGCAGAUGGGGCGGGCAUGGGUAUGCUCGCGGAGGAGGAUUUUGUCGAGUUGCGGAACUUCAACCUAGAGAUCGACCAGUGGCGGAUGAAGUGGCACGCACGCCAGGCCAGUAACAAAUAUAUUGGCACAUUCCCACCCAAAGGAAUCAUACUCUACAGCUACUUUGCCAAACUACAGCUCAACUCGCUGGCAGUCAGGGGUGUCAGCUUAUCCCAUGGACGACUCUCGACGGAACGUAAAGAGUUUGCGAACAUGGCAAUAUCUGCUGCGGCGAGCAUCUUGACCUUUGUGUUGGAAGAAGCCGACCUGCGGCGCGCACUCGUGGGCACGCCCUUGUACGUUCACACCAUGAUCGCAUUUGCGUCGGUAUUCUUGAUGAAGCUGGCGACAAAGUGGAAUCGUAUCAUUGGGCUGAACAUAGAGAUUGGCUAUGUGUCCCACCUUCUGAAGAGGAUGAUUAUCUUGCUAAAGAGCUCCAUCACCUCUGAUCGGCAUCUCCUGCAUCAUAUUGCGGAGGGGCUGGAGAAGAUGCUCGCUAGGAUGCCGGUCAUGUCAAGUACCACAUCCUCGGCCGCAAGCAAGACCAGCGGAGAGGAAUACCAUCUCGAGGUGUCGGCCAACUAUCACGGAGGUGAUUUCGUAAUAGGAAGCAGUACGGAUCCUUUGAUUCAGCAGCCAAUGGCCGGAGCAGGCCACGACAUUGGCAGGACAUUUGCCCACUCGCCAGGAUGGGAAUCCCUCACUGUCGCACUUCCUGCCCAGGAUGUGUUCGCUGACGUGCCGAUUAUGAAUGAUAACAUGAUCUACGAGGCCUUUGGAACCGAGUCAGCAAACGAUGUGUACAAUUUGCUUACAAGUCAGUUUUCGUAUUAG